AUGGCUCGAGUGGAUAAGGUAUAAUGCUAAUUCACACAAUAACACUAACCGUUAUGUCUGUGGCGGGGCCAGACCCCAUCUGGGUACAGUGCCUUUUAAUCUACCCCCCGAUGUUGAGAUGUGUUUUCUAAGCCUCUGUGUACAAUCAGCCACAAACUCAUCAGUAUGUGAAUCAUGGAAAAAGGUAUAUCCAAUAACUCAAGGGAAUCUCAGGCCACCUGAUGGAAUCACCGUAUAUCCAGGUAAUUACACUUGCUACACUAUACAUGGAACCACGGGUAAAUUUGUGGGUAGUUUCCCUCCCGGCUACUGUGCCACCUAUCGGACACCUCCCACUACCUUAUUGGUAAAUCAAGUCAAGUCCUUGGGAGACAUUUAUUGGCUAUGUGAUGCAACUCAGAUCUAAAAUGACUGGCCUGUAGUGGGGAGAAUGCACUCUGACCAAAGCCAUCAUGCCUAUACAUAUAAUUUCUGAUAACCACCAAGGCCCACUUGAUUCCCCACACACGUAAUUCAGGAUAAAAAGAGAAACCCCUAUGCAAGGUAGUUUCGACCCACAUAUAUAUAUCGAUGCCAUAGGUGUCCCAAGGGGGAUGCCAAACGAGUUCAAGGCCAGAGACAGUGGCGUACACAUGACCCAUGGGGCCCCGGUGCGAAAAUUGAUCCGGGCCCAAGGGGGCUGCAACACAUGGCGUUGGGCACCUGGUCGCAGGGGUUACCCCUGCCACCGCGGUAUGUACGCCAGUGCAUGCAGAUGCACACACACUUAAAGGACCACUCUAGGCACCCAGACCACUUCAGCUUAAUGAAGUGGUCUGGGUGCCAGGUCCAGCUAGGGUUAACCCAUUUUUUCAUAAACAUAGCAGUUUCAGAGAAACUGCUAUGUUUAUGAAUGGGUUAAGCCUUCCCCUAUUUCCUCUAGCGGCUGUCUCAUUGACAGCCGCUAGAGGCGCUUGCGUGCUUCUCACUGUGAUUUUUCACAGUGAGAGCACGCCAGCGUCCAUAGGAAAGCAUUAUGAAUGCUUUCCUAUGUGACCGGCUGAAUGCGCGCGCAGCUCUUGCCGCACGUGCGCAUACAGCCGACGGGGAGGAGAAGAGGAGGAUUGGAGGAGGAGAGCUCUCCGCCCAGCGCUGGAAAAAGGUAAGUUUUACCCCUUUUCCCCUUUCCAGAGCUAGGCGGGAGGGGGCCCCUGAGGGUGGGGGCACCCUCAGGGCACUAUAGUGCCAGGAAAACGAAGGACCACUACAGACACCCAGAUCACAUCAGCUCAAUGUUGUCUGGGUGUCAGGUCCCUCUAGUUUUAACCCUGCAGCUGAAAACAUAGCAGUUUCAGAGAAACUGCUGUUUCACUGAGGGUUAAUCCAGUCUCUAGUGGCUGUAUCACUGACAGCCGCUAGAGGAGCACACUGAACGUCCAUAGGAAAGCAUUGAGUAAUGCUUUCCUAUGGGCGGUUUGAAUGCAUGCGCGGUCGCAUUCGGAGCUGAGAGGCUGAGGGAUCCCCAGCGCCAAAGGAGUCCGGCGCUGGAGAAAGGUAAGUGCUGAAGGCACACACACACUUACAGACGUAUACACACUAGCUAACAGACACACAGUCAGCGACAGACAUACAUACACACUCACUUACAAAACAUACACUCUCAUUGACAAACACACACUCACUAACAGACAUCAAACAGACUCACUAACACACACAGUAACACACUCACUGACACUCACUAGCAGACACUCACACUCACUCUAACACUCACACUAACACUCACUAGCAGACACACACACUAACACUCACUAGCAGACACUCACACUAACACUCACACACACUCUAACACUCACUAGCAUACACACACUAACACUCACUCUAACACUCACUCUAACACUCACACUAACACUCACACACACUCACUAACACUCACACACACUCUAACACUCACUAGCAGACACACACUAACACUCACUCUAACACUCACUCUAACACUCACACACUAACACUCACUCUAACACUCACACACACUAACACUCACACACACUCAAACACUAACACUAGUUUUUGUUUUUUUUUAAAUGUAAUCCCCCCAGCCUCCUCACCUUUUGGAGUGCUGGGGGGAUUCCCUGGGGUCCAGUGGUGCUGCUGGGCUCCCGGGCGGGCGGGUGGCCAGCCGAGCAGGCGGGCGCGCGAGGGAGCACUCAGUGCUUCCUCUUCAGCUCCCUCACGCGCCGCGUAGGGAUGCCGGCGCCGGAAGAUGACGUCAUCUUCCGGCUUCGGCAUCAGUGCGGUGCGCGAGGGAGCUGAAGAGGAAGCACUGAGUGCUCCCUCGCGCGCCCGCCUGCCUGCCCGACCGGCCACCCGCCUGCCUGGGGUCAGCAGGGCCAGCCUCGGGGGGUCAGCAGGGCCCCCCAGGGCCCCCCAGGGGAAGAGGCUGGCCCUGGGCGUACAUACCGGGUCGCAGGGGCGGCCGGGCCCCCUGGUGGGCCGGGCACGGUCGCAGCCGCGACCCCUGCGACCCUGGUAUGUACGCCACUGGCCAGAGAUGAGGUUGCGGCAGGAUUCGAAUCCUUGAUCCCACUCAUCACCGCUAACAAGAAUGUUAACUGGAUUAAUUCUAUCUAUUAUAAUCAGCAACGUUUUGUCAAUUAUACUAGAGAUGCCCUUCAAGGCUUGGCAGAACAAUUGCAGGCUACCUCCCAAAUGACAUUCCAGAAUCGAAUGGCCUUAGACAUGUUCCUAGUAGAAAAGGAGGUUGUGUGUAAAAUACUCCCCGACACUAUGACAUGCUGUACCUUCAUCACAGAUAAUACAGGCCCCAAUGGUAAAGUAACCAUGGCCAUAGAGAAAUUAGAAAGUCUCUCUGACGAAUUAAAAAAGAACUCAGGGGUCUUCAAUUCAUGGGACAGAUGGGUGGGAUGGAUGAGUGGAUGGCAGAGAGUUCUCUUUCAAGUAGGUAUGGCAGUUCUUACGGCAGUGAUUCUCCUCCUCUUCCUGGUUUUCUGCGUGAUGCCCUGGGUGCAAAGGUCCUUACAAAAGACUGUAGAUCAGACCAUUGACCGCACCACACCUACAUUCCUACAUCAAGAUAAUGACGAUAUAGACUGUGACACCCCGCACACACCACUUCAGUCCCACCACCUCAAAAGGACAACUACUUCUUUAUAGGGACAGCAUAGGGAGAGCGUCUGUCUCCACGGGUAGGAGUCUGACGCGGGAGAUGUAGUGUGUUAGCCACUACGGGAUACCCGCGCAGUGAAGCGUUCGAGGCCUGUUCAAACAGAUGAGCUGCAGCCAAGUAGGGACAUUAUUAGGGUCAGUUAGUAGUUGUCUCUUUAGUAAAUAGUCAUUUUAAGGGGGGACUGUUGUGGACAAAAAUAUUAACCCAAGUCAUAUUAAUAAAAUGCCUAUUUACUCAGCAUAACCACAAUCAGCAUUAUUCAACCUUAUAUGUGAUUUACCUAAAAUGGCCGCUAGGGAGUUUCCCUUUGACAUCGACUAACACCCUCAUUAACAAGAUGGCGCUGGAAUCUGGGGGAGACCUCCGAGAUCCAAGUGACAUCACACCUGGUAGGAAGGGCACUAAAUGAACCACUUAACACCUAACCAAUUAUUGAUGUAUUAUUCCAUGUUAUCUCUGACAAUGCAUAUGAUGUAAUUUUUUAUUUUUGGGGGGACAUUUCGUCCCCCCUGAAUAAACAUUCCUCAAGUUUUUCAUUAACCCGAAACCUGUGUCUGGUGUGAAUUACUUCAGGAGCGUGCAUGCAUCUUUUUAAAUUUGGCCGGGGGCAGAUACGCAAGAUAAUCAAUUAAUUGAUUGAUUCCACAUCACAUAUAUUUAUAUAAUUUUUGUAUUAUUUUUACAUUGUUUUAUUUAUUUCUUUUUAUUUAUAUUUUAUAAUAGUAUAUAUACAAUAUAUAUAGUUAUUAUAUAUUAUAUAUACGUGUGUAAUUUAAUUAUGUAUAUUUUUAUAUUAAUAUAUGUAUAUAUUAAUAUAAAAAUACACUUAGUAUGACAUUUUAUAUAUAUAAGAUAUAUAGACAUAUAUUAUAUAGAUAUAAUACAUGUCUAUAUAUCUUUUAUAUAUAUAUAUAUAUAUAUACAGUGGGACCUCGGUUUACAAAUCUAAUGCGUUCUCUGGGACGUUUCUUAUUGCGAAAAAUCUGUAAACCGAAACGCGGUUUCCCAUAGGAAUGCACUGAAAACCAAUUAAUCCGUUCUGGAGGUCAGAAAAAAAUCAAAAUGAGCUGGCAUGGAAACCAACCCACAAUGCAGAACACACAAUAAAAGGCAUGCAAACGACAAAGCUCAGCUACUUACUUUUCCACAGCUUGAAAAAUGCACAAAAAAGUCCCAAAACAAUUGCAAACAAUUUCCAGAAUGGCUCCAAAACUCGAUGCAAAAGCCGCUCAACACCUCCACACUCAACGCCACAUGCUACCCACAGGCUCCAGAAUGUAGGGGGCGGUGCUAUAAACCUCUCAGGUGCAGUGCUUCCUGGGGAAACUUGCUUGGUAUUGUGAAAAAAAAUUGUAAACCGAGGCAUUAUUUUCAAUGGACUUUAAUUUGUAAACCGAAAAUUAUGUUAACCGAGGCGUUUGUAAACCGAGGUCCCACUGUAUGUCUAUAUAUAUAUAUAUAUAUAUAUACCAGUGGAAAAAGAGUGCACUCAAGAGGACUUUGAAAAAAAUAUACUUAGUUUAUUCACAAACGUGUAGAAUUUUCAAAACGAUCAAGUCGACGUUUCAGUCCCCGAAGGACUUUUAUCAAGACAGUGAAAAGCGGGAAAAGUAAGGAUUUAAAUAUAGUGAGAUCAAAUUCUGAUUGGAGAGUAAGAAUGAGGAAAAAAAGAAAGGUAGUGAUGUCAUAGGUGAAAUGUCAAAGUUAAGAGGGCAUCACCCCGAAUAGGGUUUAAACCAGUAAAAUGUGAACUGGUGAAAAGGAUAUAAAAUACAUAAGCAACCGAGAUGAAGAAAAUCCACAAGCUCAGGUGCCAAAUAAAAAACAAGGAUAUAAAUAAAGGAUCAAAACGCCACCCAAGGUACAGAUCGACUAAAUGUCUAAAAAGGUUACAUACACAAGAGUAUAAUUAGAGUACACUUUUGAGAAAGCUUCGGCAAAACGCGUCAAGUGAGGAAGAAUUUUGGACUUUUAUACAGGACUGGUUUUAUAGUUUAUUAUUCACUUUUCACUUAUUGUAUUAAAGUAUAUAUAUUUUUUAAACUAUCCAGUCAUUCCUUUUGUCCUCCUUUCUAUCCAAUACUGCUUUGCUGCUAUACCUUGGUCCACUAUAUCCCAAGGUGGGGAUUAUUCCACCUGAAAUUCUCCAAACUAGAGCAGGCCGUUGCUCUAGUAUAAGUAAGUAGGAUCAUCCACUUUUUUUUUUUUUUUCCAAUAUUUUAUAUUUACGUACUAUACCAUGUGGUGUAUUUUACUCUUGUUUUUCAUGUAACUAAUAUUUACACCUAUAAAUUCACCAACGGUCUUGAACCUCAAGAAAUCCAUAGACGGGGAUUAUUCCGUCCAGGCUCUUAACACCGAGCUGAUAUAGCUCCUCAAAGUGUGAGUGUGAAUAUAACACCUUUGUUCUUGUGGAAUUAUAUCGUUCAUACAUACUGUACCAUUAUUUGUAUUUUUGUUUCUCUCUUUUUUUAAGUUACUCUGCUGGCCAGUAUUUCUACAAAACGUAUGUACAUUUUCUGAUUUUUAGCGCUGUUCACCUUUCUAUUUUAUCUAUAAUUAGAGUAGGGUAGCUAGAUCCUAUAGAGGAAUUAAGGUAACAAGAGGAGAUAUGAUAUAACUAGUGUAUACAAAGUCACACAGGAGGGGUAGAAAGUAUCAAAUUCUAAUUACACAUAGUUCUAAAUACAUGUAGCGUAUCUACUGGGAUGCCGAACAUAUAAUAAGAAUACUCUAAAACUAAAAAUAAACAUAACCCUGAGUAUGUAAAAAAGUCAUUAUCUUUUCGAAAUGAAGCAAUUCGGAGGAUUAAUCUCAUUCAAUCCUCCUGGAUAUGUUGUUCCAAGUGUAAAGAUCCAAAAAGCUUCUCUUUGAAGGAGCAAAUUGUUUGUCACCUCCCCUCAAAGGGAUCGGGACAUGUUCAAUGCCCAUAAAUUUCAGGGUUGGCAAUGUGUGUCCCAUUUCAAGAAAAUGUUUAGCUAUGGGGGUGGAUGCAAUACCACUCGAGAGUGCUAUUCUGAUAGUCGAUCUAUGUCCCCUCAUUCGUUGCCUCAAAUCAUUCGAAGUUUUCCCAAUGUACAUAAGACCACAAGGACAUAAAAUACGAUAAACAACGUGUGUAGUAGUACACGUAAUCCGUUGUCGUAUCUUGUACUCUUUCCCUGAAUGUGGAUGAAGAAAUGAUUUUCCUGGGGUCAUAUUGUUGCAAGCCGUACAUUUCAAACAACGAAAGCAACCAGGGUUCUGAUGUGUAACACAUCUUGAUGCUUGUAUAUCAGUAUGGACCAAGUAGUCUCUUAGGUUCCUGUUUCUCCUGUAGCUGAUCAUGGGGUUUUGUUGGAAUAUCACUGGCAGUGUCUUGUCUUUCUUAAGUAUCUCCCAAUUACCCCGUACCAUUUUUGACAAGUCACGAGAUUGUGAAUGGAAGGUUUGAGGGAAAAUUAAUCUAGUUUGUUUAUUCUUAGUCAUAGGUCCAUCAGUGUAUAGUUGUAAUGCCUUUGAGUAUGCUCUUUCCAGAGUGUACCUUGAAUAUAUAAAGGACAGGUUCAGUUAGGAAAAGUAAGAUAGAACAGUUAUCCACCUGUGCCGUUAUUCUUGUGUGUCCUUAAAAGUAGUAGGGUUGCUAUCCUUUUUCAGGAUAGUUAUUGUUCUCUUGAUCUCCUCUCUUUUGAGAAGGUGGUAAAGGAAGAUAGUAGUAAGAAAGAACUGUAAUGCUAAGUGGUCUACGUUACACAAGAGGUGAAGGUGCAGAUCAGGUAGGGCCCCCCUACGUUCCUGCACUGGGUCUACUUUUUUCCAUGUGUUCCCAUAGGCUAAUCCCAGAUCCUGUUCUCCCGUAUUAACUGAUGUUCCUUAACAGGCUGGGGGGUAGAGUGAUUCUCUUGAUGUGAUUGAAGUUGUUUGUAUGGUCUCUCUGGUGAUAGUCUCUCACGUGUUGUUUAAUCUAAUCCAUGAGGUCACUAUUGACCCAUGGCUCCCACACCUUUUUAAAUUUUUUGUGUGUACCUCUAACCUGUGCAGUGAGUUUGUCCAUCAGAUGCAUGUCUUUUACUUUCGUGAGGACCGUGUUCAGAGUGGGGACGUCUGUGUGUAGCCAGCCCUGAGCUAUGGCCUUCCUAGACGCUAGGGUUAUUUUGUGUAGUAGUUGUUGUUCGGAUCUAAGCCAGUCUGGCCUCGACAAUACAGGGAGUGCAGAAUUAUUAGGCAAAUGAGUAUUUUGACCACAUCAUCCUCUUUAUGCAUGUUGUCUUACUCCAAGCUGUAUAGGUUCGAAAGCCUACUACCAAUUAAGCAUAUUAGGUGAUGUGUAUCUCUGUAAUGAGAAGGGGUGUGGUCUAAUGACAUCAACACCCUAUAUCAGGUGUGCAUAAUUAUUAGGCAACUUCCUUUCCUUUGGCAAAAUGGGUCAAAAGAAGGACUUGACAGGCUCAGAAAAGUCAAAAAUAGUGAGAUAUCUUGCAGAGGGAUGCAGCACUCUUAAAAUUGCAAAGCUUCUGAAGCGUGAUCAUCGAACAAUCAAGCGUUUCAUUCAAAAUAGUCAACAGGGUCGCAAGAAGCGUGUGGAAAAACCAAGGCGCAAAAUAACUGCCCAUGAACUGAGAAAAGUCAAGCGUGCAGCUGCCACGAUGCCACUUGCCACCAGUUUGGCCAUAUUUCAGAGCUGCAACAUCACUGGAGUGCCCAAAAGCACAAGGUGUGCAAUACUCAGAGACAUGGCCAAGGUAAGAAAGGCUGAAAGACGACCACCACUGAACAAGACACACAAGCUGAAACGUCAAGACUGGGCCAAGAAAUAUCUCAAGACUGAUUUUUCUAAGGUUUUAUGGACUGAUGAAAUGAGAGUGAGUCUUGAUGGGCCAGAUGGAUGGGCCCGUGGCUGGAUUGGUAAAGGGCAGAGAGCUCCAGUCCGACUCAGGCGCCAGCAAGGUGGAGGUGGAGUACUGGUUUGGGCUGGUAUCAUCAAAGAUGAGCUUGUGGGGCCUUUUCGGGUUGAGGAUGGAGUCAAGCUCAACUCCCAGUCCUACUGCCAGUUCCUGGAAGACACCUUCUUCAAGCAGUGGUACAGGAAGAAGUCUGCAUCCUUCAAGAAAAACAUGAUUUUCAUGCAGGACAAUGCUCCAUCACACGCGUCCAAGUACUCCACAGCGUGGCUGGCAAGAAAGGGUAUAAAAGAAGAAAAUCUAAUGACAUGGCCUCCUUGUUCACCUGAUCUGAACCCCGUUGAGAACCUGUGGUCCAUCAUCAAAUGUGAGAUUUACAAGGAGGGAAAAGAGUACACCUCUCUGAACAGUGUCUGGGAGGCUGUGGCUGCUGCUGCACGCAAUGUUGAUGGUGAACAGAUCAAAACACUGACAGAAUCCAUGGAUGGCAGGCUUUUGAGUGUCCUUGCAAAGAAAGGUGGCUAUAUUGGUGACUGAUUUGUUUUUGUUUUGUUUUUGAAUGUCAGAAAUGUAUAUUUGUGAAUGUUGAGAUGUUAUAUUGGUUUCACUGGUAAUAAUAAAUAAUUGAAAUGGGUAUAUAUUUUGUUUUUUGUUAAGUUGCCUAAUAAUUAUGCACAGUAAUAGUCACCUGCACACACAGAUAUCCCCCUAACAUAGCUAAACUAAAACAAACUAAAAACUACUUCCAAAAAUAUUCAGCUUUGAUAUUAAUGAGUUUUUUGGGUUCAUUGAGAACAUGGUUGUUGUUCAAUAAUAAAAUUAAUCCUCAAAAAUACAACUUGCCUAAUAAUUCUGCACUCCCUGUAUGUUUACCCAUGGUUCAAGUUCCAGUCCCCUUUGGAAUAUUUGGGCGAUUAGACCCUUCACUGCCUGCCAAAAUUGUUGUAUUUUAGGACACUCCCACUACAUGUACGUAUGUUCCCUUCAUACUGCAGCCCCUCCAGCAGAGAUCUGUAGGUGAUCUCCUCAUGUGGUAGAGCUUGACUGGUGUGGUGUACCACCGGAACAUCAAUUUGUACGAUUGUUCCUGCAAGGAGACACAUAUGGAUGUUGUGUUAUUUGCUUCCCUUAUGUCUUGCCACUCUUCGCCUUCUCUUUUUUUGCCAAAUGAAUGUGUCUAUGGCCUUUUGCAGUCAGGUAAGGUCUGUUUUAGUUAUCGGGAUUGGCAGCAUCUGAAACAGGAACAGUACCCUCGGAAGGACAUUCAUUUUAAUAAUAUGAAUCCUUUCCGAUCCACGAAAUCGGCUUGUCUAUGUCUCUUAGUAUAUUGUUAAAUAAAGGGGUGUAGUUCAGUUGAUGUAGCUUUGCCGGAUCGGCUGAAAGUCGGACCCCCAAGUACUUUAUUGAAUGUUGUUUGAUUGGUACCUGGUGUAGUUGUUGGAUUUCGUCUAUGUCUAUUUUAGUGAGGCCUAUGGAGAGUGCCCUAGAUUUUUCGAUAUUGACUUUAUAUCUGGAGAUUGGACUGUAUGCUGUGAGGAUGUCUCUGAGCCUCAAUGGAUUCUUUUGGCUGGGUAAGUGAUAAUAAUACAUCGUCUGCAUAUGCAGAUACUGUGAAUUGCUGUCCUCCUACUUCCACACCGUGGAUCUGUGGAUGCUGUCUAAUCGCUUGCAAUAGUGGUUCCAUGGAGAUAACAAAAAGCAGGGGUGAUAAUGUACGUAUCUGGGAAACCUAUAUGUUGAAGGAGGGAGAACAGAUAGGGCCCCUUGUCCCCUGUUGAAAGCCUUUUCGGCGUCUAGUGAUAGCAUAAGUGUGGGGAUUUUUGACGUUCCCUGUCUCUAGAUCAAGUCGAUGUUUCUGUGGGUGUUUUUGAAUAAUUGUCUCUCGGGGAUAAACCCGACUUGAUCUGCCUCGAUUAGCUUGGAUUUAGUCUUGUUGCUAGUAUUUUUGCAAAGAUUUUUGAGUCGUGAUUGAUUAAUGCUAUGGGUCUGUAGUUUUCAGGUCUUUGGGUAUCCCUGUCUGGUUUGGGGAGUAGUAUUAUGUUUGCUAAGGACAUGUGUCUGUCUGGGGUUCCGCCCUCUCGUAGGUCGUUGUAUAAUUGUUCUAGUUUCGGGGUUAGUUCCUUUCUAAAGAUUUUGUAGUAGCUCCCAUCAAAGCCAUCUGGGCCUGGAGCUUUGUUCCCCUUUAGUGCUGAAAUGGCCUCCUCUAUCGUUAUCUUGUGUUGUAGGCUCUCUAUUGCUUCCAUACUGAGUCACAGGAGUUUGAGUUUGUUUAGGAAUGCCUGUAUGUCAGGGGCUUCCGCACAUAUGGCAUCUGUUUCUUGUGGGGAGUGGUUGUAUAAGGACUUGUAAUAUCUGGUGAACACUUCUACUAUAUACAUGGGCUUUGUUUUGAGUGUGUUUUUGCUAUCCCUAAUUGCUGUGAUGGGUGGGUGUCUCUGUUUUGGGCGUAGUGUUCUGUCCAUUAAUGUGUCCAUUUUGUUAGCUUUUUCGUAAUAGGUUCUUUUGGACCAUAUGAUAUACCUUGCUAUGUCCUCUAACAGCAGCUCCUACAUGGAUUCCCUCACUGCCCUCAGUUGCUUGCUUUUCGUUGCAUCGGGAUUUGCCUUUUGUUGCUGCUCCUUUUUCCUAAGGGUGGCUAAAAGCUCUGUGAGUUUUUUGUGUCUUUUGUUUCUUUUUUGCCGUAGCUAGGCAGAUUAAUGUGCCCCAUAUUACUGCUUUAUGUGCCGCCCAAAACGGUUCCCAGGGUCAAGUCGUCCUGGUCGUUCCUGCUAAAGGUUGUCCGUCCAGUCUGUUAUGUCAAUGCGUACAGCGUCUACUAUCUGGGGGUCUCAUAGUAGGGCUGCGUUAAAGGGACCCUGCAGUGCCCCUCUCCCUCCCACCCCCCAUCCCAUGUUGGUUAAAACCCCUUCAGUGACUUACCUGAGUCCAGCGCUGAUGUCCCUCGGCGUUGGGUCAGGCUCCACCUACUUUCCUCUGACGUCAGCGGGGGAGACCAAAUGCGCAUGCUUUCCUAUGGAGAUUUUGGCGACUCUGGAGGUCCUCACAUAGCGUGAUAGACAGCCACUAGAGGAGGACUUAACCCUUCAAGGUAAUUAUUGCAGUUUAAAAAAACAUGGUCAGCCACUGUGGGUGAGGCUGUUGGUGUCUGCCUGGAGCCGGCUCCAUCUUGGGCAUCUUUGUGUAAGGCCCACGAGGCCUCAAACAGGUCUACGACCGUAGCAUUGCGAUCGUGGUGUUUUGGGGCUGUUUUCUGGGCGUAAGUUUGUCCAUCGCUCUGUCUAGGUAGGUAAAGGUGCGGGUUUUAUUCUGUUAAAUAGCUUUUGUUAGCUGUUAGCAAGGUGGUCGGUGCAGAGCUCUACUGAAGCACAUCCAGCUUGCUCCGCUGUCAGGCCACGCCCCCUAAAUAAUAAUUAUAAAAUGUGAAUUUAUUUUUAGUGCAUUGAAAGAUUUGUGUGCUCCGUGUUCUUGGCUAUGGGGCAUCACCCCAGUGAAGAAACUAACCGCCCACAGGCAGCUCAAACCUAGGGGGAUGGAACCGCGGCCUUCAUUGCACUCCUGUGACUAAAUUCCAGCCCACGAGAAUCUGUUCCUGGAGGUGUCCCCUUUUUUCCAGAAUAUGGUAACCCUAAUAUAAGGUAUAUGAGGUAACGAGGUAUUGACGUAAAUGGAGUACGACGUGUAUAUAAGGUAUGUCUAUUACAAGCAGUAUGUGUUAUUAUAUACUAUGUAUUGUGUUAUUAAACACACCAUGCAGUAUGUUAUUAUAUGUUAUGUGUUAUUAUUCACGAUGUAUUGUGUUAUUAUACACUAUGCAUUAUGUUAUUAUGCACACCAUGCAGUAUGUUAUAUGUUAUGUGUUAUUAUACACAAUGUAUUGUGUUGUUAUACACACCAUGCAGUAUAUGUUAUUAUACACAAUGUAUUGUUACAUACACACUGAAAUAUGUAUUGUAUUACUGUGUUAUACCCUAUGUGUAGAGUUAUUACACACUAUGUAUUAUGUUAUUAUACACUAUACGUUAUUGUUAUUAUACUCUAUGUAUUGUUAUCUAUUACACACUAUGUGUUGUGUUACUGUGUUGUUACACACUAUAUUUUGUGUGAUUAUACACUAUGUAUUGUGUUAUAAUACACUGUGUUGUGUUACUGUUAUAUAUUGUGUUAUUAUACCCUAUUUAUUGUGUUAUUUUUGCACAACUUGCAGGGUGUUAUUACACACUAUGUAUUGUAUUAUACAUCAUGUAUUGUGUUACUGUGUUAUUUUACAGUGUGUUGUGUUACUGUGUCAUUACACACUAUAUAUUGUGUGAUUUAUUAUACACUAUGUGAUGUGUUACUGUGUUAUUAGACACUAUUUGUUGUGUUAUGCACUGUGUAUUGUGUUCUGUGCAUUAUACACUGUGUAUUGUGUUAUUAUACACUAUAUAUUGUGUUAUUUUACAAUAUGUAAUGUGUUACUGUGUUAUUAGACACUAUUCAUUGUUAUUAUGCACUGUUUAUUGUGUUAUUAUACACUGUGUAUUGUGUUAUUAUACACUAUAGUGUUACUGUGUUAUUAUACACUGUGUAUUGUGUUAUUAUACACUAUGUAUUGUUUUUUUACACUAUGUGAUGUGUUAUUAGACACUAUUCAUUGUUAUUAUACAUUGUGUAUUGUGUUAUUAUACACUGUGUAGUGUUACUGUGUUAUUAUACACUAUGUAGUGUUAUUAUAGACUAGGUGUUGUAUUAAUAUACCCUAUUGUGUUAUUAUACUCUGUAUUGUGUUAUUAUAGACUAGGUGGUGUAUUAAUAUACCCUAUUGUGUUAUUAUACACUGUGUUGUGUUAUUAUAGACUAGGUGGUGUAUUAAUAUACCCUAUUGUGUUAUUAUACACUGGGUUGUGUUAUUAUAGACUAGGUGGUGUAUUAAUAUAGCCUAUUGUGUUAUUAUACACUGUGUUGUGUUAUUACAGACUAGGUGGUGUAUUAAUAUACCCUAUUGUGUUAUUAUACACUGUGUUGUGUUAUUACAGACUGUGUUGUUACAGAUUAGGUGGUGUAUUAAUAUACCCUAUUGUGUUAUUAUACACUGUGUUGUGUUAUUAUACACUGUGUUGUGUUAUUAUAGACUAGGUGGUGUAUUAAUAUACCCUAUUGUGUUAUUAUACACUGUGUUGUGUUAUUACAGACUAGGUGGUGUAUUAAUAUACCCUAUUGUGUUAUUAUACACUGUGUUGUGUUAUUAUAGACUAGGUGGUGUAUUAAUAUACCCUAUUGUGUUAUUAUACACUGUGUUGUGUUAUUAUAGACUAGGUGGUGUAUUAAUAUACCCUAUUGUGUUAUUAUACACUGUGUUGUGUUAUUAUAGACUAGGUGGUGUAUUAAUAUACCCUAUUGUGUUAUUAUACACUGGGUUGUGUUAUUAUAGACUAGGUGGUGUAUUAAUAUACCCUAUUGUGUUAUUAUACACUGUGUUGUGUUAUUAUAGACUAGGUGGUGUAUUAAUAUACCCUAUUGUGUCAUUGUGUUCAGUAUGUGACUCACACUCUGUUCCAGACAAAGGAUCCCAGUAAUGGAAGGUCUCCUGAGUGGAUACUCAGCAUUAUUCCCCCUGUACCCCCAUCCCUUGUACCCCACAUCCUGUGUGCCUGCUGCUCUGUUUAACCCCUGCUCUACCACCCGCUCCACUUAAACUGAGCCCCAAGAGUGGAGCACAUUCCUGGUUACGCAAUCCUCGCAUCCACCACCCACACACAGAGUGUUACGCCAUUCACUAGCGCUAACCGGCUUUGUGAAUAGCGCUGCUGCACUGCGGCUGUGCUGCUCUCAAACAAACCUUGUUUGCCCGCCACGCCCCGCGCUCCCCAUUGGCUGGCCGGCGGCUCGAGGCGCGUCAUUCACGUGUGGGCGGUCGGUGAUUGGCUGUCGCGUAGUCCCGCCUUGCCGGGUAGCUGUGAGGUUAGGGUGUAGUCGGUGGUUGUCCGUCCAGUCGGUGAUUGAGCUCGGAGCAGGAGGCUGCAGCUCCCCCCUCCCCUUAUUCCCCGGGCCCCUCUCCCCUCAGACCCCGGGCCCUGCUCAUCGUACAAGGCCGCACACCGCGCGACAAGCUGCCGGGGGCAUAGACCAGGUGAGACCGGGACCGCAUUCACACACCAUAAAAUGGCCGCCUCGGCGAGGCUGCGAGAAAAUGGCGCCGGCUUGGCUGCUGGCAGAGGGAGGGGGGGCAGACCAGGGGGGGGAUACAGGGUCCGGGGAGAUAGUACACCCGGGGUGUAGGUUGUAUUGUUACCCCGGGUACCGAUAGGAGGCGGAUUUUAUUAAUACGCAGAGCGGAUGGGGGGGGAUUUUUACCUCAGGGAAUUUAAAUACAGCUCUCAGCCCGGACUGGGGGUAUUGUUACCCAGAUACCAUGUGUAGGGCUCAACUUAUAGAUAUACAGAGUGCAAUGGGGGAGAUGUUACCCUGGAGAGUGGGAGGGGGGUAUUGUUAAUCUCAGAUAACCCUGGGAGAUCCAGGUGGGGGAGCGGGGGGUAUUGAAUUUGUUACUUAGAUAACCAUGGGAGAUCCAGAUAUGGGGGGUAUUGAAUUUGUUACUUUUAGAUAACCCUGGGGAGAUCCAGAUUUGGGGGUAUUGUUACUCUUAGAUAACCCUGGGAGAUCCAGAUUUGGGGGUAUUGUUACUCUUAGAUAACCCUGGGAGAUCCUCUUAGAUUGGGAGAUGAUUUGGGGGUAUUGUUACUCUUAGAUAACCCUGGGAGAUCCAGAUUUGGGGGUAUUGUUACCUUGAUAACCCUGGGAGAUCCAGAUUUGGGAGAUUGUUUACUCUUUGGAUAACCCUGGGGAUCCAGAUUUGGGGAUUGUUACUUUAAUAACCCUGGGAAAUCCGCAUUGGGAGGGGGAUUGUUACUCCCAGAUAUCCCUGUUAGGGGGUAUUGUUAAUCUUAGAUACUCUCCCAGAUAACCCUGGGAGAUCCAUAUGGGGGGCGGCGGUGUAUUGUUACUCCCAGAUAUUAGGAUUUGGGGCUAUUGUUGCUCCGAGACACCCUGGGAGAUUGAGAUUGGUUCUAUUGAUACCAGAGUGUUAUAUUUACUACCACUUUAAGGCUUAAUUCCUACCUGUGGGUUACUUUUUCCUCCAGUCCAGUUACUGUAUAACUAUUUGAGUGAAAACAGUGCAUGGUCUUGUUGUGUUUUGUCACUCAGUGGGUUAAUGUGUUUUUUUUUGGGGGGGGGGUUGCCCCUUCCUACCUCUGGUCUGAUACUCCAUCCUACUGCCUGAGUAUAAAAGCCUCCAGUGCAUUGAUGUCCAUUUGCCCAUCUCAUUACUGCUGAGAUAAUCUGCAUCCUGCUGCCCUUUCUCAGUGCUAUUGCCUCUUCUGACUUCUCUGUGUUCACCUAGUCAUUGUUUCCGUCUAGAAAUCUAGGUCUUUACUGAUCUUGGCGAUUUUUUUUUUUUUUUUAAAUUCUGUCCAAUUUUAUGUCGUUGCUUUCUACAUUUGGGGCAGGUAAAGGAUGGUAAAAUGUUACGUCUAUAGCUUUGCCUAUGGCUGGUCAUUGUGCCAGUGCUAAGCUACCAUUCCAGGUUGAUGCUUCAGCCACGAGCAUCGCCUGAACUGGCAUCCUAUGCAGCCCGUAGUGGUUUUGGGUUAAUGCUUGUAAUCCCUUACUGUCCCUUUUGUGAUACCGUAGCCACCUAAUGGCAUCCUGGCCUACCGGUUCUCCCCAGGUGCCACAUAACAGACUGCCCUGAUGGAGGAUUGAUGUGACGCCCAUUGAUUGUGUUGCUUAAAACACCAUGUUUCCAGCAUUGUCUUCCCAGACUACAUUGUAGCUGAACGAUAAAAAGUGUGGGUAAAAAAUGCUGUACUGCAAACAAGAAAUGUCCAAACUGUACUAUAAAAGCUAUGGGAUCAUUUUUAGUACCAACAUAGAGCUUGGCAAGCCUGUAUGUUAUGUUUGUAAAUAACCUCAUCUGGCAGCUGUAUAGGAAUCCAUCCUUUUUAUUUUUUUUUAUUUUCUAUAGAUUGUACGUUUCUCCAUCCCCAGAGACAAUUGGUAGCAUUAAGCACUGCCUUAAAGCUGAGUAAAUGUAUCUGCUUAUUUAGAAAGGCAAACCUGAAUUUGUGUAAACCUAAUUUCCUGCCCAUAUGAGCAGCCAUUUUGUUCUCACAAUUCAAUUUGCUCCUCCUCUUGCCAGAUUGUAUUGGGCAAUUAUCAUGGAAUUGUUAAACUGACUUCCUGGUAUUGGUGUGGUCUAUAUGCAGUAUCCUCCCAGCACAGUCUGCUUCCAGGCCUUGGUUUCAAGAGAACAAAGGCUUCGCCUAGCUUCAGACUACACUGGCCGGGCCUGUAUCUCUUCAUUUGUAAUCACAGCAGUGUUGUGUGUGAUUUCUCACAUUUCUAGCACUUUCUCUCAAGAAUUCACAAAAAUCAAUAAGGAUUACUGGAAUUUCUUCAUUUCCCUGGUAGCAUUUUCCAUCUCAAUGUGGUUUUACCUAUCUGUUUUUAUUGAGAUGUAGUCCCUAAUUAUAAAAUACAUUUUAUUCAGAUUAAACAGUGUUUAGAUGGACUCUUAAAUUCCUGUUUUUAAUAUUGAAUGAUGCUAUCUGAAAACUUGAAUUGCAACAUAGUAAUUUUGGAUUUGCAAAUUUUUAACUUGUAUUGUAUUUUUUUUUUUCUCACACAAUGGUGCAUUGGCCCCUGUCAGUUCACCUUAAAUUGAAGUUUAGAAAAUAAAUCCACGUUUUAAUCGUACACAAUGCUGUUGUUGGCGUUUCCCCAUCUAACCUGGAGUCAUAAAUUAUCUAAAUGUGUUUUCAUUUCAUUUUACUUUUCUUGACACUAGUAGUAAGUUCAAUAGCAAUGUGAUUUUGGAGGAUAAAGAAUUAAUUUAAUAUUCUCAUUCUCUUACACAAUUUGUUUAAAACUUAAUUAGCUGUGUGCAUUGUUGAUCCCUGAUGUAAACCAUUUGUAUAACUAGGUGUGUAUAUGUGUGUAUACAAUCUCUCUAUCACCACAUCUGCUUUAAAAUACUAAAUUAAAUAUAUUUGUAAAAUAAAGGGGGCUGGGGGGGGGGGGAGAUGAGUCAUGACCUAGAAUUCUGUGUAAAGCCUUUGCAGUCAGACAGAAGAUGAACUAUUUGCACAUUAUAUAGAUGUCAUUGGGGAAUCUCUUGGCUUUUACAAUGUUUUAUUUGGGAAGGUUAUUUCACCUGGUACUAAUUUUAAAUCCUUUAUUUUCUUCCUUUCAGCGCGUGUCUCCCUCCCCAACUUGCCUAUUGUAUAUUUAUUCAAUUUUUUUUUUUGAACAUUCUUGGUUAUCAAGCCGCCAAAGUGGAGAGUGCGAUUGCAGAAGGGGGUGCUUCUCGUUUCAGGUAAGUUGCACCCAUUUCACAACAUGUGGGUUCUCUAUAGCCAGAAGAAUCAGUGAGAUAUUGCUUGUAUAGUCAGCAAGAUUUCAAACCGGUGAGCUAGAGGAAAUGACACACACACAUCUACCUUGUUAAAUAUUUAAUGGGCUUUUAGAUGUAGUCUUUCCUUUCACCAAGCUGGCUCUAAAACAAUGCUAUCAUUUCAUAUUGAUCUGCAAUAUAAUCCUAUCAAGAGUACUAAGGGCUGCCAUCUUCUUUUCCACCAACCUGUUUAACUUAUUUUUAUGCCAAUUCUAUAUAGUAUGCAUGCAACUAGCAGCUCAUCCCUUGCAUUCCCUUUUUUUGCCCACAUAUAUAUAUUCUCCUACUAAAGUGCAAGGCCAUUUAUGAUGAAGCUAUCAUUUUUCUUAUUUUUUUUCCAGAAAUGGACACUAGAGUCACCAGAACUAGUUUCUUGUAUUUGUUCUGGCAAAUAUAAACAUUCCAUUCAGGCUUUUUGCAUUUUUAUUUUUUUUUCAGAGAAAAUGCAAUGUUUACACUACAGCCUAGGGAUACCUCAAUUGGAUACCUUCUACUGAACAUAUCUCAUAGAGAUGCAUUGAUUCAAUUCAUCUCUUUGAGGAGCUGCUGAUUGACCAGGGCUGUGUUUGGCUUGUGCUGGCUCUCCCCCUGAUCUGCCUCCUUGACAAGCUCAGUCAAUCCAAUGCUUUCCUAUUUCUGAUGUCAGUCAAGCAGGCAGAUCAGGGACAGGGCCAGCAGCAGCAGACUGGAAUAAAGGUACAAUUUUGCUAGAUAGUGGUUUUAACACACUAGGGUUAGGAAUACAUAGUUUAUGUUCCUGACACUGUAGUGCUCCUUUAAUAGUGAAUUUUGUUCAUUUUGUAUUGGAAUAAUAUUGGUUGUGUAAGAUGCCGCUGGCACUAAUGAUGCUGUUUGUUUCCUGCAGUGCUUCGUCAGGUGGAGGAGGUAGGGGUGCCUCUCAGCACUAUCCCAAGACUGCCGGCAACAGGUACACUGUUUUAAACUCUCUCUAUAGUCUGGUCAUGAACCUCAAGAACACAACUACUCGGUCUGCACAAAACCUACUAUAUUAUGUGAACCUCUGACAUUCAAAAUUUUAUGUCCUGCUAGUGAAUAAAAAAUACAAAAGUUAGUGUCUAGCGUUUCUUCCUUACAAGGUCAGCAAAAUUACUAUUUGCUAUUUACACUCCUAACAUGUUGCCCAAGGGAAUGCUUCUGCUUUUUUGGCUCCUGGAAACUCCCACUUAAUUUUUAAGCUUUUUGAAAACUGUUUAGCACGUAAUGUUAAGGCUCAGGUGUACUCGAGUGCCAUAACCACUAAAUGGCUCUGUUGGCCGGAGUGACCCUUUAUGUAAAAGUAACAUUUGGUAACCAUUUAGCUAGUACAGUAUAUGGAUAAAAUCACAUUGCUGGAGUAUGUAGAUGGCUGGCUACCAGUUUGGCCACAUUGCUAGGUGAUCAGGUUAUGAAAAUUCAACAAAGUAAAGACUAGUUUCUUUCCAGCCUUACUUUCAACUAUAAAAAUGUAUGUGUUAAAGUGGCUUUAAAUAACUCAUGUGCCCAUUUAUCCUCUGUCUGUAACCAGAACCAUAUGUCAGUGUGCAUGUCCUUGCAGUUGGUGUUCAAGAGAUCUGACCAUUUAUAUACUGGUUGUUUUGUCAAACUUUGUUUCUUGCUAGUAUUUAAUGAUGUUUGGUGUGGUUUUUAGUCUGCAUAAAUAGCUCUAUCUAGUUUCUUAAGGGGGCAGUGAAAGUACUUGUGUAAUAAUGCAGGCUUUUAUUUUUUUCAGCAGAUACAAUGUUACGGCAUUGUGUGCUUUAUAAGAAAGUAACUUAAAAUUAGUACUACAUUGUUUUAGAAAUAUAUAUACACCAUUUUUAGAUUUCUUCCUGCUGCAUAAAGUAAGGGCACAUAAUUUUACUUGUUACAUUGUGUCAAGAAUAGGGUUUAGAGGGACUCUGCUUUUGAUCUUGGCACAUCAAAAUAAAACUGUGUAAACUCAAAUAUCUUUUGAGAAUGUAUUUAUAUACUAAGUCACCUUUAAGUCAAAGAAUUAAUAUUUAAAAAAGGGGGGGUUCCAUACAUUUUAUCAGUGGAUAAUCUAACACCAUAACUUGCAUGACAUGUGCUGUAUAAGCCUGUAUGUCAUAGCAACUAAUAUCACAAAGGUGCUAUGUGUGUGUAUACUGAGAUAAUCUUAUGUUGCAGUGCCUCUUUGAGGCGGAGUGGUGCUGCUUUAGAGUUUGCACUUUUUGAAGAGGCCUCUGCCUGUAGCCUUAUACAGCAGGAAUUUCUAAUUCUAAAAGUAAUCCUUCUGCUUGAUAAAGGUAUCAUAUGCAUGUUAAAAUUCUAUAAAUGUGACUUGUUGCUGCCCAGCUAUAUUUUAGCUUCUCACCUCUGCUUCCAUCCCUCAUUCUGGCUCUUUGUUCCACAUUUGCUCAUUGGCAGGUUGAAAGCUGUGAUCUGCAGUGUUUUGCCAGGAUUUUGAUUGGGUGGAUUACCCGCCCGGAGAAGAUCGUCUGAGAGGCCCAAAAACCCACCCCCACUCCUCCAUUUGCAGACGCACGGUUGUAUUUUUUAAUACAUCUGAGCGUCGUGCAUUUGCAUGCAGCGUUCGUUAGGGGGAGCGGACUCCGCGGGUUGUGCGCCUGUAUCGCACAGUAACCCAGCCUCGCGGAAACGCUGGUGUGUAUAUUCUACCGUGGAGAGCAGCUUUAACAAAUCCCUCAGUCUGUGCAUUGAGUCUGAUUGGUGGUAAUCUACAAUGACUACCAGACUGUAAUAGAGACCCUCUGUCUCAUUGUAAAGUACCCACUCAUAAAAAUAUAAACCAUUGAUAUUUUGUGAGCUUUCUUUCAUUGACUAGUAUUAGUGAAUUUUCCUUAAAUUUUUAGCUGCUUUUAUUUUAAAGAAUGUGGGAAUAAAUACUUUUGAAUCCUGUUCUAUAUUGGUAUUGACAUUGGGCAACAUAGCUGUUAGUGCCUUAUAUUUUAAAAUGGGGUUUAAUGGUGGGACUCUUUACUAUUUUAUUUCUCUCUGAUCUUAAAUGUUUUUAACAAUUUGAGAAAGUUCUAAAGGCUUUUCUUUUGUAUUUUUUUUUUUUUUUUCCUCCCUGCCUUUGCAGUGAGUACCUGGGGAAAACCCCGGGGCCUGGCGUUCAAAGAUGGAUUCCUUCACGAAGCACUAGACGAGAUGGUAACUCCACAAACAACUCCGCUAACAACUCUGCGAUCCCCUCCGCAAGUGAGAAAGAACGACACGAUGCAAUCUUUAGGAAAGUGAGAGGGUAAGUUACCAUUGAAGCUAUCCAGGUCAUAGUCUAAACCAAUAAUCAUGUAAUGCCAAUAACAUCAGACUGAAGAUGGGUGAAUCCACCUGUACAAGAUGUAGUAAACAGAGUUGAAGGCCAACUUAUAAUUUAGACUCAAAGAGAUGGCAAAAAACCUUAAAUUUAAUUUUCAUUAGUGGGCUGAUGUGUUCUACAUACUGCUGUUUUUUGGUUUGUUUUUUUUUGGUUUUUUUGUUUAGCACAGUUAGAUCUUUUCAGAGCUGUAACCCAUCUUUCAAGUGAUGAAAUAUUAAGGUGUUAGAGCAGAGGUAGGCAAACUUCAGUACUAUAGAUGUUGGGAACGGUCACUGUGUUGGAGGGACAGAAAUUGUCUUUCCCGUGAAAGAGGUUCUCAUGUUUAACUUUUUUAAUAUAUAAAUAACUUUUGGCUAAUAUUUACCUUACCUAUGCCUUUUUUUUGCUCUUGCUUAAAUUGUAUAUUUAUAUAUAUUUUAUUUCCCCCUCCCUUUCUAGCAUCUUAAACAAGCUUGCUCCUGAAAAGUUUGACAAGCUAUGCCUUGAGCUCCUCAAUGCGGGUGUAGAUUCCAAACUCAUCCUCAAAGGAGUCAUACUGCUUGUAAGUAUUUUUGUUCUUAACAUCUGUACUUGUCACUAACUUGUGUGGGGAUUAAUGUGCACAGAUCAACAAAUAUAGUGAAGUUCUUGUGUUCUCCGAUUACCCAGUAAUAAGCAGCCUGUCCUGUACACCACUCAGCAAUUUUUUAUUUUUUAAUAGUUGUUUGUGGCAGAAAGUUACACAUCUGAAUUUAAAUGUACGAUUUAAAAAAAAAAUGUGUAAUUUUUUUCCCCAUGUAUUUUAGAUUGUAGACAAAGCCCUUGAAGAGCCAAAGUACAGCUCACUCUACGCUCAGCUAUGUCUGCGAUUAGCAGAAGAUGCACCAAACUUUGACGGCCCAUCAGAGGGUCCACCAGGACAGAAGCAAAACUCCGUAAGCGUAAGUAUUGCCACUCUUAAGUAUCUGAGUCUUAAAAUUACAAUUUCUAAAGUUUUAAUAUUUAAAUAAAACACACACUGGAUCCUCUCCCUUUUCUAAAGUGUAUACAUGGCUGCGAUAAACAUCACAGAUGAUGAUGCUGUUACGUUGACUAUAUUUUCGUUUUAGAGCCAUCAAAUUCUUUUGUCUAAACAUGUGUGGUGUACUUGGCUGUAGAUUUCAUUCCAAGCUUUUCAUAAAGUAGGUUAAUGCCCGGUCAUUCUAACUUUUGGUUUUUCUUUUUCCCACAGACGUUUAGACGCCUCCUAAUUUCUAAGCUUCAAGAUGAAUUUGAGAAUAGAUCCAGAAAUGUUGAUGGUAAAUAAUUCAAUUAUUCUUGGCCACAUGCUGGACAAAGACACCAGACCAGGAUACUGACUUAAACAUUUAAUCUUUGCAGUUUACGACAAGCGGGAUAGUCCCCUCCUUCCUGAGGAAGAGGAACAGCGAGCCAUCGCCAAGCUCAAGAUGCUGGGAAACAUCAAAUUUAUUGGGGAGCUUGGCAAGCUUGAUCUUAUUCAUGAAUCUAUCCUUCAUAAGUGCAUCAAAACAGUAAGUGUCUGAUAAACUGCCCUAAUGCAGUCUUAAUGGCUUGUAGUAACACUUGUUCUAACAAUGGGAAAUACUAUCAAACCUUCUGUUCAUAACUUGUAGAUCAUGGGGACAUCUGGCUGCAUUAUUACUCUAAUUCUAUGGUGGCUGACGUGUCUGGGUAUCUGGUGCUGUCUCGUGGUUUUAUUCUGUGAGCUUUGAUUUUUACUUUUUUUUUUUUUUUUUUCUUCUAGCUUUUGGAAAAGAAGAAGAGAGUUCAACUUAAAGACAUGGGGGAAGAUUUGGAGUGUCUCUGUCAGAUAAUGAGGACAGUGGGGCCGAGGUUAGACCAUGAAAAAGCCAAGGUGUGUAUUGCAGUACAUGGAAUCUCCACAUGUGAUAUAGCAAGUAAUGGGGUUGACAUAUUCUAGUCCUGUAUUGAAAUGAUCUGAGUAAGUGGUUAAAAUUAAGGACUUAUAUUUUUUUCUGCUGUUCCCUGCAAUUCUCUCAUUAAGACAUAUAAUUUUGCUCUGGAUUUUUGGAGAUAGAGAUGUGGGUCUCUUUCUAGCUUCCAGUCAAAAGAAAAUGACUGCGUCUAGUGAUGGCCAACAUCUGCGUUGCUGUGACUGUGCCAUGUGUCCUGCAUAUGUAGCUGUUUGCUAUGUCAGAUAUUGUCAAUCUCAAGUCCAACUGUUCCAUCACAAUGCCCAUUAUAAUCCUCCUAUUUUAUGUUUUGUGUUUACCUUUUUCUAGUCCUUAAUGGAUCAGUACUUUGCUCGUAUGUGCGCCUUGAAGACUAGUAAGGAUUUGCCAGCGAGGAUUCGUUUCCUGCUGCAAGUAAGUGUUAAGUAAAUCAAACUGGGAGUAUGAAGUGUUCAGUCAUCAUUUUAGGACAAUCUGUUCUAUGGCUGUAGGCACUGUGUAAAAGUAAAUAAUUGCUCUCCUCAUUGCCAUCGCUAUGUCUUGUACAUUUCGUCUGUCUGUUCCACCUUUUGUUUGCAUAUUUGAUGCUGAUCAAAGAAUAGCAUUGGAGAGCACAAGCACUACUCAAAUAAAUGCUGCCAUCAGAAGCAUUUUAUUGCAAUACCAAGUUUUUUUUGGUUAUGGAGACUGAAGUCUCUAGUGGCUGUCAUGAAGAUGGCCAUUAGAAGCUGUUUUUAUAUUUUUUUUUUUUUUUUUAACCCAUCAGUGUUUUCACAAUUAUUUUGCAAAACUGCUGUUUUCCAUUAAGAGUUAAAAGUACAGGACCACUUAAUCUCCUUGAAGUGCUCUGUGACUUAAGUAUUUUUUUUUUAUAUCUAUCUCUCUUGUUCAUUGAGAUGUCAGUGUAACAGUUUACACUUUAUUUUUACUCCUUCCCCAUUAAGGAUACUGUGGAGUUGCGAGAAAACCGUUGGGUUCCUCGCAAAGCUUUCAAUGACAAUGGACCAAAGACUAUCAAUCAAAUCCGCCAAGAUGCAGUAAAAGUAAGUUGUUUAUCUUCAAGAUUCUCUGCUUGUGAUGCUGCAGAUAUAUCUGUGGCUGAUGCAUCUAUACUCAAAGUAUUACAUAUGUUGCUGGUUCCCAAACUUAUUUGAGCUUGAGUUUUAUUUCUUUCCUCCAGGAUCUAGGGGUAUUUAUUCCUGCUCCUAUGUCUCAAGGAAUGCGGUCGGACUUCUUUUUGGAGGGACCGUUCAUGCCACCAAGAAUGAAGCUUGACAGGGACCCACUAGGCGGACUUGCUGAUAUGUUCCGGCAAAUGCCAGGUAAUUGUGCUGUAGUGAAUCUAAAAACUUUUCACAGGAAACAUUGUUUGUUAAAAUCUGGUACUUUAUGGAUGUUUGAAUGCUGUCUUGCCUCUUGUCUUCAGGUAGUGGGAUUGGUACUGGUCCAGGGGUCAUACAAGAUAGAUUUUCCCCCACCAUGGGACGUCAUCGGUCAAAUCAGCUCUUCAACGGCCAUGGAGGGCACAUCAUACCUCCAGUGCAGUCUCAAUUUGAAAUUGGAGGCAAACCAUUUAUGAAAAGCCAGGUGAGAUAGCUUAACAUGUAAAUAUGUCCAGAACCAGCUUGGAGCACUUUUGAAGACUGACCAUGGCACGGCCGAUGUUUUGAGCUGUAUUUAACAGAACAUGGUCUCAAAUAUACCUCAAACAUCUGAAAUGCCAUGACUGACCAUUUCACAGAGUGACUUUAGGCUUGGGCCAUUUUCUAAUGCUACUUUCCCUGUUUUGUGGUUAGGGGCAAAGCCAACUUUACCAGAGUCAAGGAAUUUUAUCGCAGCAAGGACAGUCUAAAGACAUGCCCCCUCGAUUUAUUAAAAAGGGGCAGCUUAAUGCAGAUGAGGUACGUAGCUGGAAUUUAUAUAUUUUCUUUUAAACCUGGUAUUGUAGCCCAGUGAUUAACAAAAGACGCGUUAUUACGAGGACUUAUACUGGAAACCCCUUUGCUCUUUUUCUCUUUUCUUUACCCCAUUUUUUUCCCCCUCUUACGCUUCCCCCAAUCAUUCCUUUUCUUUUCCUUGGGGUAACCAGUGUCCUUUGAGCAAGAUUAUGAGAUAUGAGGGCUUUCAUGACUUACCAUAAUGUUAGGAUUUAAAAAAAAAAUUAUUUUUUUAUGUAAAAUCUUUUGUCUCCUCUUCACCCUUCACAGAUCAGCCUAAGGCCUGCUCAGUCUUUCCUAAUGAAUAAAAACCAAGUGCCAAAGCUUCAGCCUCCAAUGACUAUGAUACCCCCUCGCACUCAAACACCACCCAUGGGGCAGGUGAGGCAACUUUCUCUGGUUACUAUGUGAAGGUGAGGCUAGAUAUGUGUAACCAGUUACUGACACACCCACCCCUCUCUUCUAUGUCAGACUCCUCAGCUUGGCCUAAAAACCAACCCACCACCCAUUCAGGAGAAGCCAGCAAAAAGUGUUAAGAAGCCUCCACCCUCGAAAGAAGAACUGAUUAAACUUACUGUAAGUAUCUAAAGCCAUUUAUACAUAGCGUGACCUAAUGCUCAGCAUCAAGACAACUUGUGUUGUGUGGGGUGUUUUUUUUUUUUAAUUUUUUUUUUCUUUAACAAACCUGUAAUGUCCACAAUGCUGAGAGGACAUAUUUAGGUGUAUAGGACCUUCUCAAACUACUAGAAUAAAUCCAUUUUCCUGGACACCUUCUAUAUAGUGAUAGGCCACACAUGAACGUUUCACCUUACACUAUGUAAAUUUCAAAUAGUACAGGGAAAAACUCUGCACUACUUACAUGUUGCAAAUAAUGAGUUAUAUACAGGGGCUGUGGGGAGGUCACACCAGGGCUGCGCACCCUCUACCAAACAUCACUUUUCAAUUGGCUUAUCAAUUUCGUGCAAUGACUACCAACUGCCAAAAAACAGUGGAUAAUUAACUAUUUUUACUUUUGGCCAAUUUAGGUGAAGUAAAGUCAUCUUUGGUGACCCUUUAAAGGAACACUAUAGUCAGCUAAAUUACUGUAGCCAAAUAAAGCAGUUUUAGUGUAUAGAUUCCCCUGUAAUUUCACUGCUCAAUUCACGGUCACUUAGGAGUUAAAUCACUUUGUUUCUGUUUAUGCAGCACUAGCCACAGCUCCCCGGCUAUGAUUGACAGAGCCUGCAUGAAGAAAACUGGCUUCACUUUCAAACAAUUUUACCUUAAAUAAUUGUAUCUCAAUCUCUAAAUUGAAUUUUAAUCACAUAGAAGAGGCUGUUGCAGGGUCUAGCAAGCUAUUAACAUAGCAGGGGGUUAGAAUCUUAAUUAAACAGAACUUGCAAUAAAAGCCUAAAUAGGGCUCUCUUUACAGGACGUGUUUAUGGAAGGCUGUGCAAGUCACAUGCAGGGAGGUGUGACAAAGGUUCUUAAACAAUGGGAUUUAACUCCUAAAUGGCAAAGGAUUGAGCAGUGAGGCUGCAGGGGCAUGUUCUAUACACCAAAACUGCUUCAUUAAGCUAAAGUUGUUCAGGUGACUAAUGUCCCUUUAAUAUGAACUCCUGCAAUUAUUUUUAUAAAGGGUAGAGGAUGGCCUUGCAAAUGCCAUUAAUCAUGGGGAGAUUGCACCUCCAGCAAGUUUUUGUGUAAUUUUUAAUUUUGGCCAUUCUAGUAGGAACCAUUUAUCAUCUGUGGGCCACUUUAAAAUGUUUCUUGCCAAUUUACACUGCUUUUUUUUUUUUUUUUCUGUACCUUAGACCAGGCCUCACACAAUUUGUUCGUAUUGAUAGUAUAAUUGAGAUCCUUUUGCCAGAUCUGAAAGACUGGGAAUCUGUCUAGUCUGCUUAUAAUGCAUAUUGGUUCUAGUCCCUUUUUAAGACAACCUUAUCUACUGAGUCCUAUUUUAAUAUCUCCAAAAUGUGAGGUGCCUUUUGAUGUUUGCUGUAACAUUUUAGAAUGUAUUAAAAUAUUUAUCAUACUUAUUUUAAGUCUCUCCCUUUGUCUAAUUUCAGGAAGCUUUUGUGACCGAAUACUUGAAUAAUGGAAAUGCGGCUGAGGCUAUAAAUAGUGUGAAAGAAAUGCGUGCUCCCAAACACUUUAUUUCCGAAAUGAUUAGCAAGAUAGUCCUUCAGUCCUUGGACCGGUCAGAUGACGAUAAAGAGAGGGCAAGUUCUCUGAUAGGUAUUCUGCGCCAGGAGGGCAUUGCAACUAGUGACAAUUUCAUGCAGGUAAUGAUUGCUGUAUAUAUGUACUUCUCUGCCCCAUCGAACUACUCCAUUUACUAACCAGUACAUCUUCCUUCCAGGCUUUCCUAACUGUGCUGGACCAGUGCCCCAAGUUAGAGGUUGACAUACCUCUUGUGAAGUCAUACCUGGCACAAUUUGCAGCCCGUGCCAUAAUCGCUGACCUGGUGAGCAUUUCUGAGCUGGCUCAGCCCCUCGAGAAUGGUACCCACUUCCCGCUCUUCCUGCUCUGCCUUCAGCAAUUGGCCAAGCUUAAAGACCGUGAAUGGCUGACAGAGAUAUUCCAGCAAAGCAAGGUUAACAUGCAGAAAAUGUUACCAGGUAAAGUCUUAAUAUUUUGCAGUGUGGUCCUUUGCUUAUGUUUUGGUGCUUAACGGAAGCUUAUUUGGUGCUUUUAAUAAAUCUACCUGUUCUUGGAAACCAGAAUUAUUGUGUGGAAACGUAACACUUGUUUCUGGUUUUAAGAAAUCGAUCAGAAUAAAGACCGAAUGCUGGAGAUCUUGGAAGGAAAAGGACUCAGCUUCUUGUUUCCACUUAUGAAAUUGGAAAAGGAAUUGCUCAAACAAAUAGAAAUGGAUCCAUCUCCGCAAGCGAUAUACAAGUGGAUUAAAGAUAACAUCUCUCCUAAACUUCAUGUAGAUAAAGGAUUUGUGAAUAUUUUGAUGACCAGGUAAGUCCCCAAUGACUUGCUUUGUUGGAAAGCCUUGCUUUAGUUCGUCCAAUAUUAAAACCACAAUUUUGGUGUACUUGUCUUAGUGAAGGAAGAUCAUGAGUGUAUCCUAAAGAUUUAAAAUGGUUACUGCAUGGAUUGACUUGAGGUCAGGAUAAUUGUAUGGUGAUCUUGUGAAUGUUGGCACAAUGCACUUGUUUAUACUCCUAAAAGGCAAAGGUUUUAUAAAAUGUUGGCUGUAGGGGACAAACAUUGUCUAUGAAGGACCCUGAGGGAUCCUCUAUAGACCCUAGUGCUGUACUCAUGCAUGUGCUUGAAUUGCCAGUAGCUGAAGAGGAUGGUGAUGUUUCCAUCCAUAGUCUUUGCAAAUUGAUAUGUAUAUGUGACUGAGGCACUUUAAAGGGUGCAGUACUGGAAAUAACUGGUGUUUUAUAUAAACUAGAUUUUUCUCUACAUUUAAACUACAAAUAUAAAGGUUAAUUUUUUUUUUUUUUGUGGGUUUUGUUUAACCGAUUGUUCUGUUUUCUCACUUCUAGCUUUUUACAGUAUAUUUCUAAUGAGGUAUGUCCAUCAGAAGACCCUGAUCAGUCUGCUCCUUCCAAAGAGCAGUUGGAGCAGGAGAAGCAGUUGCUGCUUUCCUUCAAGCCAGUAAUGCAGAAGUUCCUUCAUGACCAUGUCGAUCUGCAAGUUAGCGGCCUCUAUGCACUACAGGUUCACUGCUACAGUAAAAGCUUUCCUAAAGGUUAGUGCGUCAGGCCAGCAAUCCUCUGAAAUUGGCUUUAUUUGUAGCUGCCGGUAUAACCAGUCCAUGUCUUCUUACUCACAGGCAUGUUACUGCGCUUCUUUGUCCAUUUUUACGAUAUGGAGAUCAUUGAGGAAGAAGCCUUCUUGGCCUGGAAGGAAGAUAUUACUCAAGAGUUUCCAGGGAAAGGAAAAGCUCUAUUCCAGGUGGGUCUCUCUUGUGGUUACUUGCUGUGACUCUCUGGGUUUCUCACUACAUGGGAAUUAUCAGGAAUUCAAAGUGAAUCUCCAAAUCUAGGCCACAAUAGCCAAACUGAAAACCUUGGUGGCGGUCUUACACUGUCAUGUCAAUAAAAGUUCUCCAGCAAUCUGUUUUGGAAUCUAAAUGGUAUCCACUUUAAGUGCCUUGGAGUCUUGAGUAUUGUUUAAUGUGUCAACACAUUCUGCUGUGCACCAUAGAGAAUCAAACCCACUUCACGCGACAUGAUAUAAGACAAAGUGGCUACUUUGUCAUAUGUAUUUUUCUAAGCUUGACAAAAAGAUGGAACGACUGCUGUCAAGCACCCAUCAGUCACUAGUAAUGAAUGCUUGAGGAUGAGGAAGCAUUGUGUAUGGAGACUUCUGCAGGAUCCUUUAUAGACCUCAGUGUUCUAUUCUUGCACACUAGCAAGAAUACAGCACUGACUGGCUCCUGUUAGACAAAGUGCCAAGAGUUGGAGAGGAUCCUGCAAAAGAUGGCAACUGACUGCUUUGGGUGAGUAAAACUCACUGCACCCCUGGGCCACCGCACACAAAGCGACAAAAUAUGCUUUAGUAUAGAAAUUGCAAUCUUCUAAAAUGUACUUGACAAGUUUACUAUUGUGCUUACAGUCUAAAGUCUAUGAAAAGCUCCUAGAAAUGCAAAAAAGUGGUUUUUUUUGUCUUUUUAAAUUUAAUGUAACGCGCUUUAUGGCUUUUUUCCAGGUGAAUCAGUGGCUGACCUGGCUGGAGACUGCAGAAGAGGAAGAGUCUGAGGAGGAAGCAGACUAACACCCAGCCAAAGCCUUAACUUGUGCAAACAUACUGUGUUUAUGAUGUAACCGCGUUCGACCUAACCACUGCGAAAAUUCAUUCCGCUGUAAUAUUACCGCAGAGGCAUGUCUGUAGGAUCUCUUCUGCAUAUAAUGAUUUUAGUGUAAUGUCUUAAUCAUAGUCUGCCAUCCAAUAUUUUAGAGUAUCUGUAAUGUUUAGAACAGUGUAUUAGCAGCAUGCAAUAAUUACAUCAUACGUUCACACAGAAGUGGUGUGUUGCAAGGACGUUCUUUGCUGCCGGUUAACGUUAGGCUGUUGGGGUGGGGGGAAACCUGAAUAGCAACACUGAAUACUGUAGAAGACUCACUUUGCUCAGUGUAAUACUUGAGUUGUUGCAAUAUUUGAUUCAUUUGGUUGUUACAGAGAAACCUUAACUGUAAUCGAUGGUUUGUUGCCGUAAUAGUAUAUUGCCUGUAUUUCUACCUCUAGUAAUGGGCUUUUUGUGCUAGAUUUUAAUAUCUUUUUGAGCCUGGGCAAGUGUAAAAGUCUUUAAAGAAGAAAAAAAAAUGAGUUUACUUGCACAAAAACCGAUCCGUUGCGUGGGUAAGAGAGGCCCUCCUAAAUGGUAUUGUGGGUGAGAAACCGAACUGGUCCUCCUUAUAGUAUUGAAAUUAAGUCUACUUAAUUUAUCAAGUCAUGUUCAUGCCCUGAUUUUAUAUACUUGUAUCUAUCAAUAAACAUUGUGAUACUUGAUAUGUGUAAUUUAUGACACUACAUCUGCUAGAUAACAUCUUGGAAUUCUCUGCAGUGCCAGACAUCAAGAUCUUCCUUUAAUGAACUAGUCUGACGUGCCCCUCCUGUGUGGUCAUUCCCACUUGUGGAGUGCUUAAUUUAAAAACAAACUGUCAUUGGAUGACAGGCAUUUUCAGUAAUAAUGCCCAUAGGCUAAUUUUGUCAGCUAAUCUUGAUGUCUGUUUACAUCCUACAAAAAUAUGGCCAAUGUCUGUCAGUUAGUCUGAGAAUUUGCUAUUUUAUAAAGUGCUCCAUGUAUAAGAGUAAAGUUUCAUCUAUAGUGUGGGAGCUAAACAGCUAACAAAUGUAUUGGUGAAGUUAUGCAACUACCAUAUUAGCAUUUAUAUUGACUCCUUCCACAAUGCAUACAUUAAUUUGACCUGGACAGUAAAGACUAAACGUGAAAGUCUGGAGUGACUGUGCUCACUGUAGGAGUUAAUGUCAGCUGUAUUGCUUUUGGCAGAAGCCAAUUACACCUAGCUUGUGUGUGUAUUUUAGGACUUUGUGCCAGAGUUGCUAUGCAUUUUUGUGUAUGUACAUAAACUAAUAUGUAUACCGAUGUAGUGUUUACUACAUUUUGACCAGGGUAUUAAGAAUUUUAGGCUAGAACAGCAAAGCUAAAUUUUCCAAGCUGUGCUAUUUUAGCCUGCCAUCUCACCUUCUAGACAGCUGUUCAAACAUGGUUUCUUUAAUAAUUGGUUUUGUCUAAAAGGGUGAAUUUGAAAGUAGAUUUGCAAAAUGGAGGUUAAACAUUGAAUUUUUUUAUUUUAUAUAUUUCCACCUACAUUUUACAAAUUGGUUUUCAUUGUGUACUGUUGCGUGAAUAAAAUCCCAGCGUGUCCAUGGAUUUGAUGGUGUUUGAUAUUAACUCUUGAUCUGUCAGGGAUGCUUUCAUGUGUAAUGUUAAUUAUGUCAAACCAUCGCUAUUUAAGACAGGGAUAGUCAACCUUUGGCACUCCAGAUGUUUUGGACUACAUCUCCCCCCCCCGCCUCUCCAUAAUGCUGGCAAAGCAUCAUGGGAGGUGCACUCAAAACACCUGGAGUGACGAAGGGUGCUCAUGCCUGAUUUAGGAUGUAGAUUACCCUGUGUAGUGAAUGGUAUGUGAAGUUUAUAUAUUAAUCGUAAAAAGGAUUGCUUCACAUUUGCAAUAAUGGUAACAUCCCUUCUUAGUAGGUUAAAGGCAACUCGCCCAGCUGCCUGCUGUACAAAGACAAGGAAAAGCACUUGGGAAAUGAAAAGCGGGAGGGUUUUGUUUUUUGUGGGUUUGCUUUGGUUUUUCUUAUUUUUUGGCAGGAUUCAUGACUGGGGGUCAGGUUGUCUAAUCUUCAUACCUUCAGCUGCAACACCUAAACCCAUGCAUUCUGAGGCCUAGAUCAUAUGUGACUACCACAUUGCUACUCCUAGGUGAAGCAAUCCACCAACCCAAGUGCAAUGAGCCAUAAAAUUUUCAGGUGGAGGCCUCUCCUGGAAUUGUAAGACCAAAAAUGAGAUUUGUUCACACCUAGCCAAAGACUGAUUGUAUGCUUCAUUUAGCUGUUCUGUGG